AUGGACGACAGCAAACCCCUGAAGGUGCGGCUGACGUUCUCCGUCAUCCUGGUGGGCAUCUCGCUGCUCUUCGCAGCCGUAGUGUCGGACCACUGGGCCGUGCUCAGCCCCAAGGUGGAGGAGUUCAACGCCACCUGCGAGGCCGCUCAUUUCGGGCUAUGGCGGCUCUGCACAAAGCGGAUUUACGUGCAGGAGCAAGGCCCCAAGGAGAAGGGCUGCGGGCCCAUCAGCCUGCCAGGAGACCACAACUGCUCCUACUUCAAGCACUUCACUCCAGGAGAGACCUCAGAGAUAUUUGAAGUAACCACCCAGAAAGAAUACAGCAUUUCAGCUGCAGCCAUUGCCAUCUUCAGCGUUGGCUUCGCGAUCAUCGGGACGAUCUGCGUCCUCUUGUCCUUCAGGAAGAAGAGGGACUAUCUGCUGAAACCAGCAUCCAUGUUCUACACCUUUGCAGGUCUCUGCAUCAUCAUCUCCGUGGAGGUGAUGAGGCAGUCGGUGAAGAGGAUGAUCGACAGCGAGGAGACCGUGUGGAUCGAGUACAGCUACUCCUGGUCCUUCGCCUGCGCCUGCGCCGCCUUCGUCCUGCUCUUCGUCUGCGGCAUCGCCCUCCUCCUCAUCGCCCUGCCCCGCUUCCCCCAGAACCCCUGGGAGACCUGCAUGGAUGCAGAGCCCGAGCACUGA